CUCACCGACUCGACACCGCCAACAGGGAUGCAGCGAGGGCGCAGCGCAGCCUGAAAAUGGCACCACCACGCGUCCUGUGGAUCUAUCCAUCCCUUUUCCUCCUGUUCUCUCUGCUCCUUUUUCACGCGUUGUCGCCGUGCCGAGCCUUACGGAAUUACCCGGAGAAUGAAGUUACGUUGCUGGACUCAAUGUCAGCAUUGGCUGACCUGGGCUGGCAGGCUUUCCCUAACGAGGGGUGGGAGGAGAUCAGUGUGAUGGAUGAGAGGAACACCCCAAUGCGGACCUACCAGGUGUGUAAUGUCAUGGAGGCCAACCAGAACAACUGGCUGAGGACGGGUCACAUCAGCCGAGAAGGAGCACAGCGCGUCCACAUUGAGAUCAAGUUCACCCUGAGGGACUGUAACAGCCUGCCCGGGGUCCCCGGUACCUGCAAAGAGACAUUCAACAUGUACUACCAUGAGUCCAACACUGACAAAAUGUGGUUCAUCAAGGAAAGCCAGUAUGUCAAGAUCGAUACUAUAGCUGCAGAUGAGAGUUUUACACAGGUGGACGUUGGAGACCGUGUGAUGAAGCUGAACACGGAGGUGCGUGAAAUCAGCAACCUAAGUAAAAAGGGUUUCUACCUGGCCUUCCAGGACCUGGGCGCCUGUAUCGCUCUGGUCUCAGUCAGAGUCUUCUACAAGAAGUGUCCCCUCACUGUGCUUAACUUGGCCCAGUUCCCCGACACAAUAACAGGCGGAGACACAGCACUGGUGGAGGUCCACGGUGUGUGUGUAAAUGCCUCUGAGGAGUUUGAGGCUCCCAAGAUGUACUGCAGCGCAGACGGAGGCUGGCUGGUUCCUAUCGGGAGGUGUGUGUGCAAACCGGGCUUUGAGGAGAACAAGGACGUCUGCCAACCGUGCAGACCUGGUACCUACAAAGCUUCAGCCACAGAUGCCUACUGCACCAAAUGUCCUCCCCACAGCUCGUCUCCGCAGGAACAAGCCUUUGAGUGUGUUUGUGAGAAAGGUUUCUACCGUGCUGAGACCGACCCACGGGCCAUGGCCUGCACACGUCCUCCAUCUGCUCCAGAGAACCCCAUCUCCACAGUGAAUGAGACCUGUGUCACAUUGGAGUGGUCACCACGGGACACAGGAGGCCGAGGAGACAUCACCUACAGCCUCCACUGCAGUAAGUGCUCAGGUGAUGGCAAGAAGUGCACACCAUGUGGUAGCAGCGUCCAUUUUGUUCCCAGGCAGUUUGGUCUCUCGUCAGCCACCGUGCUGGUCACCGAACUGCAACCGGACUCCAACUACAGCUUCACUAUUGAGAGCCAGAAUGGAGUGUCAGAUUUAAGUCCCACACCCAGAGGAACGGCAGUCAUCAAUGUCACUACAUCACAGACAGUGAGCGUUGUGUUGAAGGAGAGGCGGAGCAAGGACAGUGUGACUUUGGCCUGGCAGGGUCCAGAGAGACCCAAUGAAGUGAUAGUGGAGUAUGAGGUCAUCUACUAUGAGAAGAAUCAGCGGGAGCAGAACUACACGGUCUUGAGGACUAGCUCCAACAUGAUGACAGUGGACGGGCUGAAGCCAGGGACCACCUAUGUGUUCAGGGUCAGGGCUCGAACCAAUGUGGGCUACGGGAGCUACGGUGGAGAGAUUGAAUUGGAAACCAGCCACGAAGAUGUUUUUGCUAUCGGGGACCCUAACCAGUCCACCAUUCUGGCUGUGUCCAUCGCUGGGGGAAUCGUUCUGCUCAUCUUCCUGGUGACUUGCUUCGUUGUCAGCGGAAGGCACUGUGGAUAUAUCAAAGCCAAGCAGGACCCUGAUGAAGAGAAGAUGCAGUUCCAACAUGGCCGAGUCAAGCUUCCAGGCAGCAGGACCUACAUCCAUCCUCACACCUAUGAAGACCCCAACCAGGCUGUCAGGGACUUUGCCAAAGAGAUUGAUGCUUCCAAUAUUCGCAUAGAGAGAGUCAUUGGAGCUGGAGAGUUUGGGGAGGUGUGCAGUGGUCGGUUGCGUGUGCAGGGAAAGAGAGAGAUCUACGUGGCCAUCAAAAGUCUGAAGGCAGGAUACUCUGACAAACAGAGGAGGGACUUCCUGUCUGAGGCGUCCAUCAUGGGACAGUUUGACCACCCGAACAUCAUCAGGCUGGAGGGUGUCGUCACAAGAUGUAAGCCAGUGAUGAUCAUAACAGAGUUCAUGGAAAACGGAUCUCUGGACACUUUCCUCAAGAAACAUGACGGCCAGUUCACAGUGAUCCAGCUGGUUGGCAUGCUGCGUGGCAUCGCCUCAGGUAUGAAGUACCUGUCAGACAUGAGCUACGUUCACAGAGACCUGGCAGCUCGAAACAUCCUGGUCAACAGCAACCUGGUGUGUAAGGUGUCUGACUUUGGCCUGAGUCGAGUUCUGGAGGACGACCCAGAGGCUGCCUACACUACAAGGGGAGGGAAGAUCCCAAUCAGAUGGACUGCUCCAGAGGCCAUAGCCUACAGGAAGUUCACCUCUGCCAGUGACGUGUGGAGUUACGGUAUCGUCAUGUGGGAGGUGAUUUCAUACGGAGAAAGACCCUACUGGGAGAUGUCCAAUCAGGAUGUGAUUAAAGCAAUAGACGAGGGCUACCGUCUUCCCGCUCCAAUGGACUGUCCCGUGGUGCUGCACCAGCUCAUGUUGGACUGUUGGGAGAAAGGACGCAGCGACAGGCCAAAGUUUGGACAGAUUGUCACAAUCCUGGACAAGCUCAUCAGAAACCCCGCCAGCCUCAGAGAGCUGGCCAACAGCUCGGCAUGGGAGGACCCGUCCACCCCAGAGUUCAGUGUGAGCACAGUGGAUGAGUGGCUGGAGGCCAUCAAGAUGGGCCAGUAUAAGGAGAACUUUUCCAGUGCUGGAUAUGUCAGCUUGGACUCAGUCCUCUACAUCAGUGUCAGUGAAUUGGCAAAGAUGGGUGUGUCUUUGGCGGGGCACCAGAAGAAGAUUCUGUCCAGCGUGCAGAGCCUGCAGACCCAGGGGACACACGUUCAAGUAUAACAGUUUCCACAUAAACACACAGUGAGACAGAGCCAAAAUGGAUGCUCCUGUGAAGAGUUUCCACACUGAAAAGGAGCUGUAAUGGAUACUCUGUGCUUGGGCCUCCAUUUAGUUUGAGACACACUGAGAUGGAGACAACAUGGACAAUUGACUCCUUCACCCUCUCGCAGUUUCACCAUUCUUCCCAUCCUCAAUGGGCACUACCGGCUUUAGCACUCAGAGUCCCAGCAAGACAACCACCAUUACGGAGCAACAGAGAGACACAUGUCUAACAGCAAGACCCAUCCCAGACCAUUUCACAUCAUAUCAGCUCAACAAAAGCAGAAAAAAAAAAGAUUUUUAACAAAAGAAAAGAGACAAAAAAACUAAUUAGAGUAUAAUUAUCUUCACUGUCUGUGAGGUGUACAGUUGGUUUUGAUUGUCAUUUUGUUUCUGUUUUGAGUUUUCACCUUGAAGAGUUUAAAAAGGGUCAGAAGAUAUGUAUAGGUGUAGAUAUAUGUUUAUAUGGGCUGUUGUCCCACAACCGUAGAGAUGGACCUAACGUUUGCAUUGGUGGUGAGGUUUAUAUCACUCAACGUUAAUAGGAGUUAUUACCUAUGUAUGGCCCCGUCCAUUGCUCUCUGUAUACAGAAAGCCAAUGAAUGAACUGAGAUUCUGGAUGACAUGAAUGUGUAGUGUGAGGGAAACAGAAAACCUGGACCUUUAGAGAUAGAGAGUGAUGUAGAUUGUGCUAGCUCAUGUAGGAUGGAAGUAUGAUUCAUUUAAAUAGUGUAUUUGACCUGGACAAGGGCUUCCCUAGCGACUGCUCUCAGAGACACUUCCAUAGCAACUAGACCCAGUGCACGUUUGCUGUUCUGCUUGCACUUAUGAUGUAACUGAGUGCAAAGAAACAGCAAAAAAACUGCUUAAAGUGCAGUUAGGACAGAUACAUUUUUACUCUUCCAUAACCGACUGUCUAUUCCAAACAACAUUGUUUAUUUCAGCUGUUACAGUAUGAUGUUGGUGGGAAUAUUUCAGCCUAAUAGUUUGCCUUCCCAUGUUUCAGGUGUGUUGAGAAAGCUAUAUAGUGUUUUUUGUAGGGUAAAGGUGAUGCCAAGGUCAUGAUAGAGUUGACACUGUUAAGAACGUGUAACUUGUUUUUCCAGUGUUGUGCCAUGUACAGUAACCUUUAAAAUGUCCAUCUGGGCAACAUACCACCAUUCUUACUUCACUAUUUCCUUUAAUCAGUUCCUAUGGCUGGAUGGUAACACAAGUCCAGUCACAGUAAUUACAGUGUUUUGUGAAGUCUGCUUGAUGAAAAGGAACAUUGGAAUGGACCCUUUUUUUUUAGCAAGAUGAAGUAUUAUGCAGUGUUGAUUUUCAGCUGUGCCACCACAAGAGGAUAAAUUUCAUUUAAAAGAAGAUGAUUUGUGUCUUGUACUCUCUCACUUUAUUGUUAUCAGUCAUGCCAACCAAUUUUAAGCAUCCCUAGUUUCAAACCAGUACCCAUAAGACAAAUUUACAAAACAAUGUUUACAGUAAAAAGCAAAUUAAUUGGUUUGUUGGUUUUUCCUUAUUAGAAGGAAACUGCUGCUGAUCACAUUAGUAACAAGGUUAUAUAUGAUGGGACCAUCUUUGUGUGCACUGCAUUAAUGGUACUGAACCUGCUUUAGUUUAUUCCCAAACCCAGUUUUAAUAUAUGUGGUACUCUAUAGGACCAACAGUGGCAUAAAGUACAGUAUAUAUGAUUGUAUCAUAGUGUAAAAUAUGUACAGUGUUGAUUUCCAAUGUUAGAAUGUUUGUAAUGAUAACGAUGAUGAUGACUAUGAUGUACUUUUAUUGUGAAACAGAGAUUUCUGAAGUACACAUUCAGGAGCGGGUCAUGCAGGAGAAAAGCUGAAGGGAGGUGAUUUGUUGGUCUGAACAAAGGAAUGUAGCAUUGUGCGAAGCUUCAGCUUUGAUUGACAGGUGACAUUGACUGCAGUUUCUACUAUAGUGUUAGAAUGAGUAGAAUGGACUUUCCUUAUUGAUACUCUGGCUUAAAUUGCAAAUAUCCCUAAAACAGUAAUUACAUGUACUUAAGCCUGUGUCCACCUACAACACAAAUUGUUAAAAUGCUUGUUUGGGUGAAGAAGGGAUGGAAGGAGGGAGGCUGGGGUAAGAGAAGUCCUCAGAUCUAAUCUCUGUCCACUGACAUCACAAAUAAGGAUUUGCUAAACCCUUUCCCGAAGCAGAAAUUGUCCAAUCAUAGCUUAGCGACCGUAACUAGGAAUGGCAGACCUGUCAAGCUUUGCAUUUCUCCACACGUUGAAACGAUGUGCAUGUAGAGUGUUACCCAGCAUUUAAAUAGUUUGGUGGCUGGUAACGUUUUUGAGCCUUUCCAAACCCCAAUAUAGAACAACAAAUGUGCAAGGAAUGGAUUAAACAGUGCGUUACUAAUGUAAGCUGCAAUUGCUACAGUAGUAACCGAGUAUUACUUCUAAGGCCAAGGUGCACAUAAUCAAUUAACAAAUUCUGUUAAUCUUACCACUUUGUUAUAUCUCCCCACUAAGUUGAAGCCGGUCUUCAGCAGUUCUGUUCUGCUAUUGGAUUUGGGGAAAAACUCCAGCAACCUCAGCCUACAUAACUAGAGAUAGCAUUACAUUUGCCAACAUAUCGCUUUGUUCUCAUUCUUAAAGCAUGUUUUCUUGUUAUGUUAAAAGUGUCACUUAAAUAUAAAUAAGGUAAAACAAUAUGGAAGCUGUGCAGACAAACAGGAACUUAAGAACAGUGGUCAUCAUAUUUAUAUUAGGACUAACUCUAUACUGUAAUACAAUAACUAUACUAUGUUUCUUAAUUUUUAAGUCUUCUAUGUGUAUCAGCAAGUGGUGAGGAUGUUGGGACAUUCAGCUUUAGCCUCUGUGUUAUAGCACCAUAUCAUGUAGCCAUAGGGCUGUCGCGGUGAAGUAAUUUCCACCACGGCAAUAUGUUCGGGCUCAACAGCACAGUAUGCGGUAUUAUCGCAUUUUUCAUCAAUGAAGUAAAUUGGUGCCAUAUAGCAGAGUAAGAAUGUCUGUAUCUGUCACCUCACUGCACAGCGAACCGCUAACAGCAGCUUUAUGGUCUGAGCAAGCUAGCUGUUGCGUGCUAGUCAACAACAUUUCCAAGCAAACACCUUUUGUAGUUUGACCGUGUCUUUUUCAGACGUUGCUAUAUCAUUACCUUCAGGGCAUGUCUAUCAAGUCAAUUUUCAUAGCGCGCCGGUGUGGAACAGAAUGGCUGUCCACAACUAACCACUGCGCUGUAGUAACUAAAUUUCCUUAGUUAGUGAGAUUCAAAUGAGGCUUACUGUCCACAGUUUCUCUGGACUGUGCCUCUGGGUCACAACAUUAAUCCAACAUCGCUGAGCGUGCUUGCCACAUUAGCCACACAAUAUGCUAACGCCAAGUUAGCUAACCUUUAAAAUAAACAGUAAAACAACACAAAACACUUACAGCUUCAGAGUUUGUAGUCGGGUCAUGUACAGCCCAUGGCGAUCCAUCCUUGAACCAUCCUUGAAGUUACAGAGCUUGUUACGGUUGUGGAAAUUUUGAAGCACUCAUUUAUUAAUUCAACACCCCCUGAAGUGUACAAUAUGAAGAUUGCGGUUGUUGCAGUGCUUGCUAUCCUCGUGGUAGGCUUGAUCAAUUUUGCGGAUAUCGCGACAGGCCUAUGUAGCCAUCAUGUGAACAUUGAAGUCCCUUUUUACAGGGUUUUCAUUCUACAGCAAGUGAGCUGGAAACUGAAAAAAAGUCAGCCAGAGAGCAUUUUCAACCAACUCCUGGAGCUAAAGUUAGGUUAACUAGUUUAGCUAACGAGCUACAUCUACUAAAACAGGUGUCAUUUUAGCCAUAAACGUUUUCUUAUUUGGUGGCUAGAAAUAAUAAUAAUAAUAAUAAGUAUGUCCUUUACCUACCCUGAAAUCAACCAAUCACAAAUAAUUUAUGGUAACUGUGCAACUCCAGUUACUUCUGAGUAAGCAAAUGGCAGUUGAGUUGAAUUUGAAUUUAUCUUAACUGUCUCAUGUUUCUGCUAUGCUGAUUUUAUGCACUGUGUUGCUUUGCUAGCAUCUUUGAUAAACCAAACUACAUCAACAGCGACACCUCACUACCGGUCGGACUAGUUUUGCGUAAGCUUAAGCUUUCAUUUUCUGUGGCCCGACAGGUUGGUUGCCAACGUUAGUAAAAGUGUUAUUAAUAAGAGAUGACACAUGGGUUUUCUACCCGGAAGUGAUUGUAAACAAACAUUGUGAUUGGUUCUAUAUUAUGUGCCAUUCUAGAAUGGAAAGCUUGACAGGCGUAGCUAAAAUAACUAAGGCCCCGUGUCCACCGUUUUUUGCCAGCUGAAAACGCCUGCUGCUGUUCUGAAAACGCCUAGCUGGGAGCGCUAGGGCGCAUUUUGGAGGCGCAGUGUUUUUUUUCAAGACGCUGUGGUUGCUAUGAUACAUAAUUUCCAU